UAUUGUCUGAUAGCUAAAAUGCCAGUAACUCAUAUAAGCUUUUCAGAAUAUCUGACUGCACACAUGAUCCCAGAGUGGAGAAAGCAGUAUAUUUGUUAUGAGGAGCUGAAUUCCAUUCUUACGAGGGAACACAGACAGCAUAUCUUAUUUGAUAGACACAGUCAUCAUUUUCCAGUGUGUGAGGACUUCCUCAAAAAAUGUGACACAGAGCUGAAAAAAGUGAAUCUCUUCUUUUCAGAAAUGUUAUCUGAGGCGAAAUGGAGGCUGUCCACAUUCGGGAUUGUUGCUCUAGAUGGUUCGGAAGCAGGGGUGUCUGGAACUGGACAUGUUCCGGUCUCCUCAAAGACCUACAGAUAUCUGCAGAGAAAAAAGUCUGAAUUACAUAAACUUAAAAUGGCUGUAGGAGAAUUUUAUAUGAGUCUGGCCUUUCUCCAGAGCUACCAGGAGCUAAAUUAUCAAGGUUUCUAUAAGAUUACAAAAAAGUAUGAUGCAAAAAUUCCAUCUGAGCGUGGUCUACAGUGGAGAACUGAAAAACUAGACACUUCUUUACUACACACUGAGAGAGGUAGCUGUGAGGAAAUUAUGUGUAGACUAGAGACAUUUAUGCUUCAGCUUGAGGGUGGUAAUGAAGAGAAAGCUCUAAAAAGGCUUGAACUCCCACCGAGGGGAUUGGAACAAACAACUGGACAUUGGAUAAUAUUUCGGAUAGGUGUCACCUGUGGCCUCAUUAUAGCUCUGAUCAUUUUUUUUGCCUUUAAAGCAUCAAAUGAAUCACAUCUAGAGCAUCUGAAACCACUGCUACAACUCUACAGAGGGAGUUUUCUACUGAUCGAGUUCCUGUCACUGAUGGGAUUAACCAUGUAUUGCUGGAAAAGAUCUGGAAUCAAUCACAUUCUCAUUUUUGAGCUGGAUCCAAGACACCACUUAUCACACCAUCAAGUUUUAGAGAUGACAGGGUACUUGGCUGUUUGUUGUUGUAUUAGUGUGUUGGCCUGGCUACAUCCUUCGCCCAUGUCAAUCCCACAACAGAUUCACCCCCUCAUAUUCCACAGUUUUCUGCUGCUCUUGUUGUUAAACCCAACAUCUACUUGUCACUCUUGGUCUCGCCGCUGGUUCUUAGCUGUGAUGUGGAAGGUCCUGACAGCACCUCUCUGGCCUGUUGGGUUUGCAGAUUGCUGGCUAGCUGACCAGCUCAACAGUCUGAGCCCACUUAUCUUGAGCCUGUGGGACCUGCUGUGCUUUACCUUUCAGAUUAACUGGGCAGAUCUGCAGGAUAGCAGCUCGCUGGUUAGAGGGAGUGUACAUUUGGAAAGGCAGAGCAAAGUAGUCAUAUGUCUGAUUCAGUGCUUCCCUCCAUGGCUGAGGUUUGCUCAGUGUCUUAGGCACUUCUGGGACAGUGGAAACACAGUGCAUCUUCUUAAUGCUGGCAAAUACUCCACUGUCUUUCUUAUGGUCACUUUUGCAGGUCUCUACAACACAGCAAGAGAGAAGUCUGAUCCAGCUAUGGAGGAGAGUGUGUAUGUGUAUCUGUACCUGUGGGCCAUAUCCACCUGCAUAAGUGUAAUAGUGACUGUGAGCUGGGACCUGCGGAUGGACUGGGGACUGCUACAUGGAAAUGGACUUCUGAAAGAGGAACUAAUUUUCUCUCAAGAGGUGUAUUACUAUGCAGCCAUGUUAGCAGAUGUGCUACUGCGGAUCUCCUGGGCUAUUAAUAUCCUCUUGGCUCAGAUGAAGGAUUCAGCUGCUGUUGUUACUGCUAGUGCCAUACUGGCUCCACUGGAGAUCCUCAGGCGUUCAAUCUGGAAUUUCUUUCGGCUGGAAAAUGAGCACCUGAAAAAUUGCAGGCAGUGUCGGGCCAUUCGUGAUUUUCAUUUGCCUGCUAGUCCAAUAAACCUGCCACAGCAAAUCCUCAGUGACAAGAUGAAGGACCCAAAUGAGCCGAUUAUCGUCCAACAGGAAACCAGUACCUCACACCGUAAACCUACUUGUUUACCGUUUAGAUAUAUGAGAUCAAAAGUUAAGGAAACAAACUUACCAACAAGAAGCCCAGCAAUCGAGUCAACAUAAUAUAUAAUGUAUAAGGACAAGAAUGAAGGCCUUUAAAAUGGGCGCACACGUAAAUGAUGAUUAGCUGCUUAGUAAGCAAGGUAAAAUGUCAUGUUUACAGUCCAUGUGUAAUAGAUAAAAAAGCAGUACCAAUGUUCCCCUCAAAAUAAUACUUUCCUUUAUUUCACUUCAAAAUCCACCAGUAAU